AUGUCGCCGAACGAGCCUAUUGUUGUCGUUGGAAGUGCAUGCCGGUUUCCGGGCGGUGUUGAUAGCCCAGCAAAGCUAUGGGAACUCCUGAAAGAACCCAAGGACUUGCAAUCUGAGGUCCCAAAGGAGAGAUUCAACAUCGACGCAUUCUACCAUCACAAUGGCUCUCAUCAUGGGAGGACCAACGCCCGCCACGGAUACUUUCUCGAUGAGACACCUCGGGCCUUUGAUGCGUCAUUCUUCAACAUCCAAGCCGGCGAGGCAGAGAGCAUAGAUCCGCAGCAGCGGUUGCUCCUGGAAACCACCUAUGAUGCUGUAGCCGCGGCUGGAUACGGACUACACGAUCUUCGCGGGUCUGAUACCGCAGUUUACGUCGGCUUGAUGACCCACGACUUUGAGCUCGUCAAAGUAAACGACAUAAGCUACAGCCCAACGUAUUUCGCAACGGGUGCCGCCACGAGUAUCGCGUCGAACCGUUUAUCGUACUUCUUCGACUGGCAUGGUCCAAGUCUGAGGAACGGAUCGAGCAAGACAGCUAUCGCAGCUGGCUCCAACUUGAUAUUAUCUCCAAUGAAUUACAUCACGGAGAGCAAGUUGAACAUGCUUUCACCCACGGGUAGAUCCCGAAUGUGGGAUGCUGCAGCCGAUGGGUACGCUAGAGGUGAAGGUGUCGCCACUGUGGUUCUCAAGAGGCUGAGCCAAGCGCUUCUUGAUGGCGACUCUAUUGAAUGUGUCAUCCGUGAAACCGGCAUCAAUCAAGACGGACGCACAACAGGCAUUACGAUGCCGAGCCAUGUUGCUCAGGAGACUCUCAUUCGCGAGACGUAUGCUCGGGCUGGUUUAGAUGUUGCGCAAGCCGAAAAUCGCUGCCAAUUCUUCGAAGCUCAUGGAACUGGAACGCCAGCGGGUGAUCCUCAGGAAGCUGAAGCAAUCUCGAAAGCUUUCUUUAGCGGCCAGGACAGUCCAGACAGCGAGCGUUUGCUUGUCGGAAGUCUCAAGACUGUCAUUGGCCACACUGAGGGCACUGCUGGUAUUGCCGGGUUGUUAAAGGCCUCACUUGCCGUACAGAACGGCGUUAUUCCUCCCAACUUGCUGUUUGAAAACCUGAGUCCCAAGGUUGCGCCCUUCUACAAGAACCUUUAUAUUACGAGAGAGGCUCAGCCAUGGCCAGAACUCAAGCCUGGCCAACCGCGGAGAGCAAGUGUUAACUCGUUCGGCUUCGGUGGCACCAAUGCCCACGCCAUUGUUGAGGAGUACAAGCCCUCUGCUUCGAUCUCGAAAACGACGUCGACGCCAGAGUCUCGAAUUAUUUCAGCAGCAUAUGCACUGCCCCUCGUACUUUCUGCCAAGUCAGAGCGUUCGUUAAAGAGCCUGGUGAAGCAAACUGCUCAGUUCAUCAAGUCGAACCCGGAUACCGAUAUGCUCGAUCUCUUCUGGACGCUCCUUUGCAAGCGAGCCAUUCUGCCUUACCGCCAAACUGUCGUCGGAUCUUCUAGGGAAACUAUCACUCUGGCCUUGGAAAACGCCAUCUCGGAGAACGCCAGCUUAGAGCCCAACUUGCGCUCCUUCACCACCAGCCAGGAGAAGCCUCGUCUCCUGGGUGUGUUUACUGGCCAGGGUGCUCAAUGGCCUGGCAUGUUGAGAUCGCUCAUCUCAGCAAUUCCUCGUGUUCGCGACAUCGUAGCUGAGCUUGAUCACUCACUUCAGACGUUGCCCGCCGAAUAUCGCCCUUCUUGGACUUUGUAUGAGCAGUUCUUGCUCGAGGACGAGGCCUCCAAUGUUAGUACAGCCAGCUUUUCGCAACCACUCUGCUGUGCUGUACAGAUCGUUUUGGUGCGGCUACUUGCAGCUGCUGGUGUUGAGUUCACCACGAUAAUUGGUCACAGCUCAGGCGAAAUAGCUUGUGCCUUCGCUGGAGGCUUCAUCAGCGCCUCGCAGGCCAUCCGAAUCGCUUACCUCCGUGGGCUCACAUCUAAGCACGCUAGCUCUCCUAACGGAGGUGAGGGAGGCAUGCUUGCGGCCGGUACUUCACUAGAAGAUGCGCAGGAGCUCUGCGAAUUAGAGAUGUUCCAAGGCCGUAUCAGCGUUGCUGCCAGUAACUCGCCAGACAGUACUACCAUUUCCGGUGAUGCCGAUGCUAUUGCCGAACUGCAGACUAUCUUGGAGGAUGAGUCCAAGUUUGUCCGCAUGCUCAAGGUCGAUAAGGCUUAUCACUCACACCACAUGAUCCCUUGUUCGUCGCACUACAUCAAGGCUUUGAUCGACUGUGACUGCGAUGUCGCUGAUGGGGCCGGUUCCUCGGUGGCGUGGUACUCCUCUGUGCACCAAAACAGACGCAUGAAGGCAAGCGAUGUCACCGCCGAGUACUGGAAUGACAACUUGGUCUCUCCUGUCCGUUUCAUGCAGGCUGUUGAAGCCGCCGCCAUCGAGCACAAAUCACUCGGUGCUGCCAUUGAGGUGGGCUGCCACCCAGCCCUAAAGGCACCCUGCCUGGCGACCCUCAAGACCGUUCUCUCGGAAGACAUGCCUUACACUGGCUGCAUGCAGCGUGGUUCCGAUAAUGUCCAAGCUUUUGCCAGUGCAGUUGGGUAUCUUUGGGAACGUCUGGAUCUCGGUGCAGUCGAUCCUGACAGAUUCAUAUCCAAAGUACUCGCACCAGGUAAGAGUCUUCGGAGCCUGUCAAAGGCCCUGCCACAGUACCCCUGGGACCACAGCCGAACUCAUUGGAACGAGACACGUGCAAUCAAGGCCCAUCUACACGGAUCCAGGCCUCACCUCUUGUUGGGCUCCUUAUCGCCCUCAAGCACCGGUUCUUCAUCGCAGUGGCACAAUACUGUACGGCCUAGGGACCAUGAGUGGCUGCAAGGUCACGCGCUCCAAGGCCAGGCCGUUUUCCCCGCGGCCGGAUAUAUCGUUAUGGCCAUGGAAGCUGCUCUCCAGAUGGCCGGUGGACGUUCAGUUAAGCUCCUCGAGGUGCUCGAUAUGAGCAUCGAUAAAGCUGUUACUUUCGAGGAUGAGAACAGCCCGUCAGAACUCAUCGUCGCGGUAGACACCCUUGUCUCUCAGCCAGACCAGAUCAAGCUCGGCUUCACGAUUGACUCGUGUCUUGCCAAAGAGUCCAAGCCGUCAACGUCUGCUACGGGUCAGCUCGUAGUCACAUUCGGGGACUCUUCGUCAAACGUCCUACCACCCGCGAAUGAGGACCCCCCACACCUUACCACUGUCAACAUCAAGAACUUUUACCGUGAAUUGGAUGAGCUUGGUUUCGAUUACAGCAAGGACUAUCGCUGCAUUUACAACCUUGGGCGCGCUGAUGCGAAGGCCACUGGCGUCAUGGCCUUCCCGCGUCUGGAUGAUGGGUCUCGUCCCAUUGUGCUGCAUCCAGCUUCUAUGGACCUGGCAUUCCAAACUAUCAUGGGUGCCUAUUCCGCCCCUGGAGACAAGCGCCUAAGGUCUAUUUAUGUGCCUGUUCACAUUGAUCGUAUCAGUCUUGUCCCCGCGCUCUGUGCUUCUGUUGCAGAAUCUGAUUCGGCUCCCGUCGUUCACUUCAACACGGCGAACACUUACGACAAGGGUGACGUUUUGGCCGGAGAUGCCACGGUCUUCUCCUCGGGCGACGACAAGCAGGUUCUCUACCGCAUUGAGAACUUGCUUUUGCAGCCACUAUCCAAGCCUUCCGAGGCCGAAGACCACAAAGCCUUCACCAAGACGGUAUGGGGUCCCUUGAAGCCCCAGGCCCUCCUCGACAAUCCGGACCUCUGGGCUACUAAGCAGGAUAAGCAGGUGAUUCCCAUCAUUGAGCGUAUCUGCUACUUCUACAUGAAGGAAUUUGUCAGCCAGCUCACAGAAGAAGACCGCGCAAACGCUACGCUGCCUCACCAGAGAUACAUCUACUGGAAUGAGCACGUUUCGGCCAAGGUGAAGGAGGGAAUCUGGCACGAGUGGUAUGAUCCAUCUUGGGAGUCAGACACGCGCGAACAGAUCGAACAAUUGGUCAUAGAGAACUCCUACCACCCUCACGUCAAAAUGGCCAAGAGAGUGAGCGAGAACACUCUCUCAACGAUUCGCGAGAAGAGCAAUCCGUUCUUGUGGAUGGACCACGACGGAUUGCUGACAGAGUUUUACACGAGCUACUUGACUAGCGGCCCAGGUUGGCUGUAUGGCCAGGAACUUGUCAGCCAGCUCUGCCAUCGUUACCAGACGAUGGACAUCCUUGAAAUUGGUGGCGGCACCGCUUCGGCAACGAAGUACAUCUUGGACAUCCCGCAGCUGGGCUUCAACAGCUACACCUUCACCGACAUUUCUCCAGCGUUUUUCGAGAAGGCCCAAGAGCAUUUCUCAGCACACGAGGACCGUAUGAUCUUCCAGAAGCUAGACAUCACGAAGAAGCCUGAAGAGCAAGGUUUCAAGCCGCACUCGUACGACAUGAUCAUCGCCUCCUCUGUUCUUCAUGCCACCCCGAAGCUGGCAGAGACAAUGACAAAUGUGCGGUCUCUUCUGAAGCCCGGCGGCCAUGUCGUUCUGCUUGAGGCUACUCACCGAGAUCACACUCGUGUCGGCUACCUGUUCGGUCUGUUCCCGGAUUGGUGGGCUGGAAUCGAUGAGGGCCGUGAUCUGGACCCCUUUGCGGACAUCAACCAGUGGGAUGCCAUCUUCAAGCAAACCGGGUUCUCUGGUGUCGACACCCGCACACUGGAUCGACAUGGCAAUCUUUUCCCCAACACUCUUUUCUGCACACAUGCGGUCAACACAAAGGUCGCGCGACUUGACACGCCGCUUCCUGUCCCUCCCACCGACAAAGCACUCUCCCAGGUAGUUGUGAUUGGCGGAGGCUCGGCGAAAUCGGCUCGAAUCCUGGAGGAGGUCCGGCAGACGUUGCCCGGUCGGGAGAUUAUUUCUCUCAAGCGGAUUGAAGAUGUUCUCCAGUCUGCCAUCCCCCCCAAGUCGACGUUCCUUGUCCUUUCGGAGCUCGAUCAUGAGACCUUCUCUGGCAUUGAUGAGGUCAGAUUUAGUGCCAUCAAGUCCCUCCUGGAGCUCGCCGGCACGAUUCUCUGGCUCACUGAGAAUGCAUGGAUCGAGAACCCCUACCAGGCCAUGACAGCUGGCAUGCUUCGAUCGGCUCGUCUCGAGUACCCCGCCACCCACAACCAAUCGCUGGACGUCGACGAUGCUGAGAAGCUGGAUGCCCAAUUUGUAGUCGAGCAACUUCUUCGCCUCGAGGAGCCUUCCGGAUCAAAGGAAGACAUUCUGUGGACACUGGAGCCAGAGGUGUACGUUUCCAAGUCCCGUGCCUACAUUCCCCGCAUCAAGCACGAUAUCGAGAGGAAUAACCGUCUCAACUCGAAGCGUCGUGCCAUCACAGCCCCAGUUGACUCUCGUCAGACGCCCGUAACUCUGCUGGCGUCCAGCGAUACUCUGCAUUUGGAAUCAUCAGAGACUUUUGGAGCAGAUUCCUCUGCGGAGGCAGACCUGGAAGUCAAGGUAGACUUCUCACUCGGAAACGCUGUUCGUGUAGGCGAUCUCGGAUUCUGGUACCUCCUGCAGGGUACCAUUGUUGGCACGGACAAGGCAGUCAUUGCCCUUUCGACUACCAACGCGUCUAUCGUUCAUGUUUAUUCCAGGCAUGCCUUUGUUCUCCCAACAUCCGAGGGCGUCGCUGAGAGUGCGUCUACCCUGCUUUCGACUGCGGCGAGGCUCGUCGCUCAGAGAGUCUUCGAUGGCAUCGCUUCCGGCGCGUUGGUUCUCGUUAUGGAGCCGCCAAGCUUCUGCGUUGAAGCCAUCAUCGAGGCAGGGAAGAGCAGGAAAGUGCAGGUUCACCUCGCGACAACGAGCGCCUCCUUGUCUUCCUCGCUACCAUGGAUCAGGCUGCACUCACUCGAGACCGAUGCAGGAAUCAGAAAGGCUCUGCCAGUAAACCUCUCCGCCUAUUAUAAUUUCUCGGACGAGAAGAGCGCCAUCAACAGCUUGGGCUCUCGAGUGGCCAGCCUUCUGCCGUCCGUUUGCCUCAGGUUCAGCCGGGGUCAUAUUUUCCAGAGCUCUGCCGAAUCCAUCUCUUCUCUUGAGCAAGAUGCACUCCAACGACCAUUGGUGGAGGAGGCGGUUCUCGCGGCUGCAGCAGAGGUGCCACAAACCACUGCAUUUUCUGAAGCCGAUGAUGAGUCUAUCGUGAGAUCAGCCCGCAGCAUUACUGGCCUGAAGGAUGCGCUUGCUACCUCUACUAUAAUCGACUGGAGAACCGAGACACGUGUAGCCGCGCGAGUCCGUGCUGUUGACUCCGGUAAGCUAUUCUCCCUCGACAAAACCUACCUCCUCUUAGGUCUUGCCGGAUCUCUGGGUCGAUCUUUGGCUCGCUGGCUCAUCACGCACGGUGCCCACCAUGUCGUGAUCUCCAGCCGUAACCCCGAGACCCCUGACCCGAAAUGGCUGGCAGAGAUCGAGAACUUGGGCGGCAUCAUCACCGUUCUGUCCAUCGACGUCUCUAAGGAAGCCUCCAUCGAUGCUGGGCUCGCACAGAUUCGACAGACGCUGCCACCUAUCGGCGGUAUCGCGUAUGGUCCGUUGGUACUCCACGAUGCUCUCCUAGCGAGCAUGGACCUUUCAAUGAUGAAUGUGCCCGUCAACUCCAAGGUCGUCGGAGCGCAGAUCUUGCAUGAACGCUUCUCGAGCCAGGCCAAGAACCCCCUUGACUUCUUCGUCAUGUUCUCGUCUGUUGCGACGGUCGGAGGCAACCCGGGCCAGGCCAACUACACAGCUGCGAACUCGUACCUCCAAGCCCUCGCCCAGAAGCGUCAUGCUCAGGGGCUCCCCGCAUCGACGAUUGCAAUUGGCGCCGUCAUCGGUGUCGGAUUCCUGUCGCGUACCGGGAGAGAGGAGGAGUUUAAGCUCGCGUCUGACACUGACACGAUCUCUGAAGACGAGUUCCUUACCCUGUUUGCGGAGGCGGUUGUCUCAGGACGGCGAACACCAGCCUCUCAGCCGGUGGCCAUUACGGACAUAUCCGACCUUGAGGUGAUCACCGGUAUUCCCGAGUUCAGCGCGCGCCAUAAGGAUACCGUCAAGUUUUAUGACGACCCCCGAUUUGGAAACCUCAAGGUUCCCGAGAGUCGCGCCAAUACGGAAGGCGCUUCAGGGGCCAAGAGCUCUGUCAAGGAGCAGCUGCUGAAGGCAAGGACGUUGGAUGAGGUUCGCGAUAUCAUUGUUGAUGGCUUGUCGCAGAAGAUGCGCGGCAUCCUGCAUAUCCCCGCCGAUGAGAAGGUCAAUGCUACGACACCGUUGAUUGACCAGGGCGUGGACUCGCUCGGUGCAAUCACUGUCGGAUCAUGGUUUUCCAAGACACUUAUGAUUGAUAUUCCGCUGCUGAGAGUUGUCAGCGGUGCCUCAAUCGCUGAACUUGCAGAGGAGGCCGCAGGUCGACUCUCGAGAGCCGCCACCCCCUUGAUCGAAUCCGCCGAUGGCAUCGUCAGCAGCGAAGAUGAUAGCCGCAGCGGUAGCGAUUCGCCCAUUGACACGUCGGAUGCCACAUCGAUCUCAGACUUGCGAGGUGACGGAGUCGUCUUGGAUGAUAAGGCCGCCGCCUCGCGCCAGAUCCCCUUAUCUCUCACCCAGGAACACUCGUGGAAACUCCUUCGGCAACUGUCCAGCGAGCCAACCAUCUUCCACAACACUAUCGGGGUGUUCAUGAAGGGAUCCGUAGACCUGGAGCGACUUGAGAAGGCGCUGAACAAGUCCCUCCGCCGGCAUGAGAUCUUCCGCACAUCAUUCUUGCCUGAAGGAGAGCAGGUCAUCCUGCCUACCCCAGUCACCCGCGUGCGCUAUGUCGAGGUCAGCGAUAGGCCCGCAGCAGAGGAGGCAUAUAAGCAGUUGGAGAAUGAAGAGUACGAUCUUGCCGCAGGCGAAGGCCUCAAGAUCGUCGACUUCCACUGGGCCCAGGACAAGCAUCUGUUCGUCAUCGGCUACCACCGCCUGGUAGGCGACGGCUCGACAACGCAGAACUUCCUCGACGAGGUUGGCCAGCUAUACGACGGCGCCCAACUUUCUGCGCCGCCACAAUACUCCAGCUUCGCCGCGCGGCAGCGAUCCGACGUCCAAAGCGGCCAGAUGGACGCCGACAUCGCGUACUGGACCUCCAUGUACAAGACCCUCCCCGAGGUCCUCCCAGUCCUGUCGCUCCCCAGUGCCCAGAAGCAACGAGACGCAAGCAACCGCGUCGCCUGGAAGCAGCACGUCGGCACCCUACGCCUAAGCGCAAUCCUGGCCUUCCGCAUCCGCGAGCGCUGCAAGAAGCUCAAGGGCGUGACGCCCAUGCACUUUUAUCUCGCGGCCUACCACCUGCUCCUCGCGCGCCUCUCGGCAGCAGAGGACGUGGCCAUCGGCAUCGCCGACACCAACCGCGCCAGCAUCCAGGACGUCUCGACCAUGGGUUUCUUCGCCAACCUGCUCCCCGUCCGUCUGGCGCCCUUCGAGCCUGCGCAGACUUUCGCCGACGAACUCGAAGCCGUCAAGGAGCGCCUGCGGCAAGCGAUGCAGCACGCCCGUGUCCCAUACGGCAUCACGCUCGAUCGCCUCGGCCUCGCGUCCUCGUCCGCGGAGCUGCCACACGCGCCGCUGUUCCAGGCCGUCUUCGACUACAGGCAAGGUGCGGCGGAGACCGGGCGCCUCGGUGGUGCUUCUUUUACCGAGAUUUGGGCUUCGCGCGAGCGCACGCCGCACGAUGUUGUCCUGGAGAUGUCGGACGACCCGGCCAAGGAGCCGCUUGUCACAGUCAAGCUGCAGAGCUAUCUGUACGGGGAAGAGGAUCCGAAGGCGUUCUUGAGUGCUUAUGAGGCGAUUUUGACUAGCUUCUCUGACAAUACGAAGCUAGCGGUCGCCAAGGAUUGAGGAGUGUGUUGGUGGUCUAUUAAAUGAAGUUCUCGGCUUUGGAGGCCUGAUAGAGAUCAAUGC